UAUGGUUAAUUGGCCCCUUAGAUUAUAAACGGUUAAUUACCUGCUACAACUACUUCAGCCUAUGGAUAAUUGCCAUAAACUACAACUGCUACUUAUGGAUAAUUGCCAUCCACUGCCUAUGAUUAGGUUAUUACUACUACUCAAUAAUAUUCUACAGGAUGGUAAUAGAUUUAUCCAUCCGCUACAGAAAAUGUUCAAUAGAUAUAAUUUUAACAAUCAUAACCAAAUAUUCAAUAAUCAGGGUAAAGUCCAAAAUAUGCAUGAUAUAAAUACAUGA